AUGCCGAUCUCAUCUCAUAGUCAUUCUGGGCAGUUCUGCGGCCAUGCCAAAGAUACUCUGGAAGAGGUGGUGAAGACCGCAAUAUCCCUUAGGAUGGAGACGUUUGCAAUGACGGAGCACAUGCCGCGCGACGAGGAAGACCUGUACCCAGAAGAAGUCGAAAUCGAGCAGACGGCUGCAGGUCUCGUCGAUCUGAUGGACCGCUACUACGCGGAAGCUGUCCGCUUGAGAGAUCUGUAUGCACCGCAGAUUAAACUUCUCGUGGGGUUUGAGUCCGAGUGGAUACGGCCGUCCUCCGCCGGACUUGUAGAGCGCCUCCUUCAGCAGUAUCAGUUCGACUUAUUCGUCGGCUCAAUUCACCAUUUACACACGAUACCCAUUGACUUCGACAAACCACGAUAUGAAGCCGCUCGGAAGAUCUCCGGUGGAACAGACGAACGUGUGUUUGAAGAUUAUUUUGAUGAACAAUAUGUCAUGCUGCAGACCUUGAAGCCGCCUGUUGUAGGCCAUUUCGACCUCAUACGGUUGUUCAGCAAUGACCCUAAUCGAAGCUUCAAACUUAUGAAAGGUGUAUGGAGAAAGAUUUUGCGCAAUCUUGAACUUAUAGCAGGUUACGGAGGCCUUGUGGAACUGAACUCGGCCGCCAUUCGUAAAGGCAUGAGCGAGCCGUAUCCCAAAGUGGAGAUCUGUGAGGAAUUCCUGAGGUUAGGGGGUCGCUUCACCUUAUCUGACGACAGCCACGGUGUGGAGCAAAUCGGCCAGAACUACCAUCGAGUGUUCGAAGCGAUUACCAGAGUCGGCAUUCAAGAUAUACACUACUUCGAACGAGGCAGCGAAAAGGCCGACGAGCGAUUUGGGCAUGUCAGAGUUCGCGGUCAUAGCGUAGCUUCGCUUGCUAAUCAUCCUGGGUUUGCGGCUCCGCAUCGAUGA